AUGUCGGACGACUUUAAGGGAUCUGUGGCGAACCCUUUGCUACCUACGGAAGCAAGCGAAGGGUUUGCGAAGGUGACGGGGCCGCAGAUCGGACAGCCUCUGCAUCGGAAGCUGUUCGUGUUUACUAGGCCGGGAUGGCGAGCGUAUCUUAAGCAGUAUAUGACGUUGCAGGAGCUCUCUGGAGCGUUCGGGGAUAUCGGACUAUUCCUGCCGCUGCUCACUGCGCUAGCCAUUGGACGAGUGCAUGGUGCACCGCAAAUUGAGUUCGGCGCAGCCCUGUUCUUCGCGGGCGUCUUCACGUCAAGUUUGGCUCUUCACUUCAAUGUACCGAUCCCGGUGCAGCCCAUGAAGACUAUUGCAGCUGUGGCAAUUGCUGACAAGCUCCCAAACGAGCAAAUUAUCGCCGCUAGUAUUCUAAUGGGGGCCAUCGUGGGGUUCUUGGCAGUGACGAACAUUAUCACGCAUGCCAGCAAGGUCGUGCCUGUAGCUAUUAUUCGUGGAAUUCAGCUGGGUGUCGUUGGUCUCGAUUCGGUGUCCGUCUCACUGCUGCUUGGAGCGUCGUGCGUCGUGUUCAUUCGCAACAAGAAAAUUCCUAUGGCACUUGUACUAUUCAUCUACGGAAUGCUCGUCGCUGUGUACCAGUACGUGCGCUUGCGUGAAGAAUAUCACCUACCUGCGCUGUCGUUUUUCGGCUCAGUGUUCGUUGCACCAGUGAUCCCGUCAGCGCACGAUUUCGGCGAGGCUUUUGUGUAUCUCGCCUUGCCCCAACUACCGCUCACUCUGCUGAACUCAGUCGUUGCUCUUGAGUCAUUGGCGGUGGAGCUCUUCCCAACACACGACAAACCCGCGGGUGUACGUCGUGUGUGCUUUAGCAUCGCUGGCGGGAACCUGUUAUUCUCGUGGUUCGGCAUGCUGCCUGUCUGUCAUGGUGCAGGUGGUCUGGCCUCUCAGUACACUUUCGGUGCACGCAGCAGCCUAGCGAUGGUAUUUCUCGGGACUUUCAAGAUGUUUUUCGCUCUGCUUCUGGGAUCCACGUGCGUGUCUCUACUUCAGACAGGUAUCUUCCCGUCAUCCGUGCUCGGCGUCAUGCUGGUCUUUAGCGGGUUGAGUCUCGCCAUCGUCGGACUCAAAGUCGAGCACGAUGCUGCACUGCUGCUACUGGCCACGACAUCGGGAUGCCUUGCCUUCAACACGGGCGUGGGAUUUCUGCUCGGUCUCGGAUGCCAUGGGCUUCUUGCUACACUUCACCACUUCAACAUCCAAUUCGAAUAG